AAAAAAAAUACCUAAUAUGAAAACAUAAAUCAGACGGAUAAAAUAUUUAAGAAAAAUCAUUUUUUACCUCGAAAUACAUCAGAUGUUUAUUAAUAACACCAGGUUAGUAGAUGGAACAUGAAUGAAACGAUUUUCAUGGAAGGUAAUUUCUUUAAAUAAGAUUAUGCAAUCAAGGUAAGUGCUCAAUUUCCAUUCUCGUGUAAUUUCAUUGAAGUAUUAAGAAAGAAGAAAAAAAGAGGGCAAUUAUAAUAAUCAUAACAAUUAUAAUUGAGAAUAAAUGAAAAGAGGAUGGAUAUAAGAAUAUAUAAAAAAAAAAAAAAAAAAUGCAUUUUCCAUUUGGUUUUAAAUGACGAGGUCAGAUUUCUUUAGUCUUAUCUUCAGUGAGCCAACGACACGAAAUUAAGAAGUUGUCUUAUCUUUUACGAUGGAUGCCAUGUAAUGUUAAGAUCGAGGCGAGUGUCUCUGCUCCGGAUUGGGAUGGAAUAAUCCUCGUGUCAAGCAGCAGCCCACCCGGAUUCAAUGAGCCAGAGCCCUUCAAAACAGUCCUAUGUGCAGCAGCGCAAAUUGACAGCGCACUUGGUAAAGUUUGUACGCCGGUGGUAUUACCCAUUAAUCUGCCGGCCAGACGAUUCAUCUACAGCCCAACUGGCGUACUCAACGCGGACUACCACGACCUACGGAGUUUCGGAGAGGCCGCCGCCAGAGGAAUCCGGAGAGCUCUAGAAGCCGGUGUAAGAUGUCCUAUGAUUGUUUUGCUUCCUGACUCACGCUUCCAAAACGUCGAAUUAGUGACUCUUCUUGGAGCUCUGGAGGGUCUCUACGUCCCACUAGAAGUUCGAGAAAUAAGUCAAGAUCAUUGUUACAAAGCAUAUCAGCUGGGUGUCUGGAGUCCCAUCAGCACUAAAAAGCUAGAGGGUAUCGUAAAACUCGCCUGUGCACUCGAGAGCGGGAGAUACGCAGCCAGGGAUAUCGGUGGAGCUGAUCCAGAACGAAUGACCCCCCCGCGAGUAGAGGAAUACAUAACCGACCUAUUCUCCGGAACUGGCGUUCUCAUCCAAGUAAUAAGCGAUGAAGAAACACUGCUUCACGAAUAUCCACUUUUUGCAACAGUUAAUCGUGCUGCCUCAAUAAUACCGCGACACCGCGGCAGAAUAAUAUAUCUCACUUACGAACCACAAGACCCCAACGGAAUCACAGAGACGCUCUUGUUUGUCGGUAAGGGGGUAACUUACGAUACUGGUGGCACUGGAAUGAAGGAGUCGAGUGCUUUAUCCGGAGGAUCACGACACAAAUGCGGUAUUGCUGCUUGCGUGGGAUUUAUGCAGGUAGUGAAUCUUCUGCAGCCCCCGACAACAAAAGUUGUAGCUGCCUUGUGUGUUAUCCGCAACAGUACCGGAGAAAACGGGUACGUAGCUGAUGAAGUGAUUACCGCUAAAUCCGGGUGGAGAGUCCGCAUCACCGACACCGACGUUGAGGGUAGAUUGUCUAUCGCAGAUGCUCUUUUUCAUAUCAGGAAAAUAGCAGUACACUCGGUUAAUCCCCAUAUUUUCACGGUUGCUUCAGUAACGACUUACGCCAAGCUGGCUCCUGGAUAUGGAUAUACGAUAGCAAUAGACAAUGCAGUAGCCCGAAGUGAAAAUAACGCUGAAAAACUAGAAGUCUCUGGUGACUUAAUCGGCGAUCCAUUUGAAGUAUCGCGAAUGCGCCGAGAAGAUUUUGCCGCCCAUUUAUCUUCAGCGGAAGGUGAUGACAUAAAACAAAGUUCAAAUGUACCAAUAACAAGACGCGAACGUUGCCAACAAAGUCCUGUGGCUUUUCUCAUAAUGACAUCUGGUUUAAACAAGCAUGGCCUGGAGAGUGAGAUUCCACUAAAGUUCACAUUUAUCGGACUGACCUCACACCUGUCGAUGGAUCGAGAUCUAUCGAAGAUCUAUCAGGGAAGUCCAAUCUUGGGGAUGUCUUACUGCUACCUGAUACAAGGCAAGUGUCUGACGUUAAAAAGAGACCCUCCAUAUCGACUAGAAUCGCAGACGCAAUCUGUCAGUAAGCUUGAAUCUAAACCGGUUCCCAUGACGUCUUCGUAUCCAACCGGAAUUGCUGGUGAUUUCUCCCAGAAUCCUCAAUUCAUCCAGUAUCCGCUACCCAUCAUCCCGUAUCCAGAAUCGCUAUCAAAGGAUCCCUGCGCUGACUCAGACAAAUGUGAAAUACCGAGAACCAAUGUUAAAGUUGAUAACAUUCAGAAUAGUCAUGGUAAUGAUCACGGUAACAAGCGAAAUGGUCUGUCAACUGCAUAGUUUCACGUUUUUAUACUUUUUUUUUAUCAUUCAUAUAAUUUUAUGUG